AAGAAAGGAAGUUCCUAGCUUAUCAAGAGCCCUAGCUAGUUCGCUAUGGAGCUCUAUUAUGCGUCCUGCGCGGCGGGGAUCGAGAGAGUGCUCGUCUCGGAGGUUGAAAGGCUACCAGGGACGAGAAUCGAAGAGGCUACAGUGAGCUUUUAUGGAGGCAUUCUUUUCCAAACUGAAUCGUCGCCAGAGGAUGUUUUCAAGCUUAGAGCGGCAGACAAUGUGUACGCUUAUCUCGGACACUUCAAGGAUGUUCCUGUGGACAAGGAUGGCGCUCUUUCUUACUUGAAAAGCUUGGCUUCCAAGAUUUCAUGGGAGCCGGCUUUGCUGCUCUUUCGAAAGUGGCAGGCGAUGCAAGACAGGGUGCUACAAUCACCGCUUACGUUUCGAGUAACCUGUGAACGGAAGUGCCUCAAGAUGAAGAAACACCCAUUCUCGUCGGUGGAUGUUGCAGCUGCGCUGGGAGAAAGUGUUUAUAAUCUCCAUAACUGGCCGGCGGACAUGAGGUGCUAUAACGUGGAAGUGUUUGCAUGGCUGAGAGAUUCCGAGCUUCUUGUAGCGAUUGGACUUCUCUACGGUAAACCAACCGAGCAAGUUGUCGAUGGCAGGAAAGCUCCUAGGCCCAGUCGUUCAGAUUCUCAGCUCUACUCAAAAAGGCUCUACAGAAAGGCGCUGGUUCCAACGUCCUUGAGGCCUAGUGUGGCGUAUGCUCUUGUGCAACUUGGACACAUCAAAUGCGGAGACGUCGUUCUGGACCCCAUGUGUGGAUGUGGAACCAUACCUCUAGAAGCGGCGGACUGCUUUCGUGGACAACUUUUGUGCUUGGGUGGGGACAUUUCUCCGUGCGCUGUGGCUGCAGCUGGAGAAAAUGCUCGAGGUAUUCUUGAGCUCAACUGGUUUGUUGCUUUUCUUCUUAUUACAGGAAGUGACGCAUGCGAUAUACUUCAGUGGAAUGCUACCUUCAUGCCUGUGCGAUCCGGAUGUGUGGACUGGGUCAUCUGUGACAUGCCCUUUGGUGUUCGCUGUGGAAGUACACAGGCUCGCGAUUGGCUUUGUCCAAAAGUUACUCUGGAGAUUGCACGCGUAUUAAGACAAGAGACUGGUGUUGCUGUUCUUAUGUCGCAAGGCAAAGCAAUGAAGCAGGAAAUGGAGAACACAACAUACUUGAAGCUUUUGCAGCAAUACGAGGCUGACAUGGAGGGAAUUCUGGUGGAAAUAUACAUAGCACAACGAACAUCACAACCGAUCCAAUCUCUAGAAAAAGUUAGUCAAAAGGCACCGUGCAAAUUGAAAGAAAUAAAACUACUUUGCUCAUGGCCCUUUAGGUUUGAAGGUGGGUUUUAUAUUUAUAAACUUUCAUUUGAUUAAUAAGAUCAAUAAAUAAAACUAAUACUACUAUUAA